GAAACGACAGAGGUCCUCUCAUAAUGAUCGUGACAUAAUCUAUGCCGAGCUUACGCUGGAAGAAUUGCUCGGUUCGUCAGACGUCUUUUCGCGGAAGAAAAUCAUCGUACCAUUUUUCCUAACGAAUUACGCGUAAUCGAAAAAGCCAGCCACGAAGAUGAAGACUGUUCUGAUUGUUCUCGCUACUGUCUGCUUCCUGCUCGGUGAAGUGCACUCCGAAGACAAGUACACAACGAAGUACGACGACGUGGACAUCAACGCUGUGUUGAACAGCGAGAGGCUUUUGAACGGUUACGUGAGCUGUUUACUUGAUCGUGGUGCUUGCACCCCGGACGCACUUGAACUGAAAAGAAACCUACCCGAUGCGUUGGAGCACAACUGUUCAGCUUGCAGCGAGAAACAGAAGGAGAUCGCUGACAAAAUUUCGCACUACUUGAUCGAUCACAAGGCGGAAGAAUGGAGUCUCCUGGAGGCCAAGUACGAUGCAACGGGUGCCUAUAGGCAGCGUUACCUUCAAGACCGAGUCAAAGAAAAAUCUAUUGAUUAAAACAGCUGUCGCAGUUCAACGUAAUAUUUGCGCGACGUAACCGUAAAUGUCUACACUGUGAUCGGCGAUGAUACAACUUGAAUUUUUCAAACAGUAAAAAAAGAAAAGAGACAAGAAGCGAAGAAAUUAAAAUUUCUUUCAAUCACCACUCGUGUCCAAUUCCUGGCAAAGCGUUCUUCCAAACGAAAUCUAUGAAAAUUGCCACGACCAUUACCAUUAUUCGUUCAGAAAAGCGAAAUUUACAAGUUCGAAACCAUCGCUUGAGAUCCGCUUGAUUUGCAUGCAAUUAGCGAAAACAAUCUGUUGCAACGUCGUUGGGAGACGGGUAAUUAAUUCGUAGCUGUAAUUGAACGGUGAUUAAUGAACCUGCUAAUCUAUCAACUUCAGAGAUAGAGACAGGGCCUGAUUCGCGUCCGAAACCGAAAAGCGGGACCGUGGCUCUAAUGACUGGAGUCUACGAAGAAGAACGGACACGAACGUGUCUCGAACGAAUUCUCGAUUAUUUUCUGAAGACGAUUACUCAUCGUGACCCUUCGACGCGAUAUCUCAUUUUUUUUUUUUUUU